GACCUGAUAAUAUUUUCUAAAUCCCUGAUAUUCCCAAACAUCCUUCAUCCACAGCAUACAGAAGGGCACUAUGAGGCCUGAGAACAAGAGCAGCGUGUCUGAGUUCCUCCUCCUUGGGCUCCCCUUCUCACUGGAGUAUCAGGGCUUGUGCUUCACCUUGUUCUUGGGAAUGCACCUGACCACAGUGCUGGGGAAUCUGCUCAUCAUCUUGCUCAUCAGGCUGGACUCUCGCCUCCACACUCCCAUGUACUUCUUCCUCAGCCACUUGGCCUUCUCUGACAUUUCCCUUUCAUCUGUCGUGGUUCCAAAGAUGCUCAUGAACAUGCAGACUCAGCAACAAUCCAUCUCCUAUGUGGGGUGCAUAUCUCAGAUGUGUUUUUUCUUAGUUUUUGCUUGUCUUGACAAUUUCCUUCUUGCAGUGAUGGCAUAUGACAGGUAUGUGGCCAUCUGUCAGCCACUCCACUACACAACUGUUAUGAGUCAGGGGCUGUAUGUCUCCUUAGUAGCUGGAUCCUGGUUAUUCUGUUGUGCACAUGCUCUGUUGCACACCCUUCUCUUGGUCCGACUGUCCUUUUGUGCUGACAAUACCAUCCCAAAUUUCUACUGUGACCUCACUGUGCUCCUGAAGAUGAGCUGCUCAGACAUCUCCCUCAAUGAGCUGGUCAUCUUCACUGAAGGAGGAAUGCUUUUCUUUUUGCCUUUGAGUAGCAUCUUGGGGUCAUACAUCCGGAUAGGCUCCACCGUCUUGAGGGUCCCAUCCAUCAAGAGAUUCUUUAAAGUUUUUUCUACCUGUGGCUCCCAUCUCUUUGUGGUGUCUUUAUACUAUGGGACACUUGCAGGUGUUUACUUUUUCUCCUCAUCAUGGGGGUCCAAUGACAAGGACAUAAUUGCUUCAGUCAUGUAUGUGGUAGUUACCCCCAUGCUGAACCCCUUUAUCUAUAGCCUGAGGAACAGAGAUAUAAAACAGGCCCUAGAAAUAUUUAUCAAUAGGGCUAACUUCUUUAAGUGA